AUGGCGAACUUGAUUUGUUUAAGCACUUUCUGCCAAAGAGGAAUAAGACCUGUGCUUCUCUGCCACACACACCUGUCUCGUGGGUUGGUUGCCUAUCAGAAGAAUCGAGAUGGGAGGAUCCACACAGCUUCAGCACACUCCAGUGAAGCAGCCUCCAAGCACUGGACUGGUGAACGGGUGUUGAGUGUAGUUCUGUUAGGUAUGGCUCCAGCUGCAUACCUGUGUCCUGGUCCACUACUGGAUUACUCCAUAGUUGCAGCUCUCACACUACAUGGACACUGGGGGAUUGGUCAAAUCCUAACAGACUAUGUCCACUGUGAUGCUAAGGUCAAGCUGGCUAAAGCUGGUGUCUUGUUGCCCUCCACAGCCACAUUCUUUGGUCUCUGCUAUUUCAAUUAUCAUGAUGUUGGUCUCUGCAAGGCAGUCGCCAUGCUCUGGCAAAUAUGAUUAUACAAUAUGGCCAGAAUUACAGUGACUGGUUUGAAGGAUUAAUCACCAUUUUAGGUACUUUAGGUAUUUUUUAAAGAUACUGAUCUUCGGCUUUACAGAUGACAACAUACCAUCCCCUAACAUAUGUUACAUGUUUGAAUAAUAUUUGUCAAAGUGAUAUUUCACACAGAAUUUUGAAUUGUUGGCUAAAUUGUUUGUUAAUAAUGAUCUUUUUCCUUAUUAGUACUGUAAAUGAGAACAAGGGAGGUCUCUGUGUAAGACUAUGUUCAGUAGCUAUGUUAGUAUUUAUUAUUUCAGCAGUAACUGUUAGUGUCCAGCAGAGGUCAAUGUUUUUCAGUGUUACUGGUAUUGCUUGAUCAUAUUCAUAGUGUCUGUGCAGGUCACGUCUGUGUUUACAACAUGCUUUAAAACCAACUCAUUUACUUGAAUACACUUGCGUAUUUGUUUUAUUUGAAGCAUGAUAACGUUAUCUUAAUAAUAUUAAGAUGCUACAGUAAAAACAUU